AUGAAGAUCAUCAACACCUUCGUCUUCACUGCCGCUGCAACAAGGGCUUUCGAGCUCAGCGGUGUCCAAUUCCCUUUUCUGCGGGAAUCGCAUGAAUUGUCACCUCUUCUCGACUUGCAUAAAUCUCUCGUCGAGCGACCCUCAAUCACCGGUUCAGAGAAACGCGUCACCGACUUUCUCAAAACAUACCUCCAAGAUGCCGGUUUCACCGUUGAGACUCAAACAGUAGCCAAGAACCGUGACAACAUUUUAGCUUACUACAGUAACACAAGAUCCACGAGAGUUCUCGUGACCUCUCAUAUUGAUACUGUUCCGCCUUUCUGGCCUUAUGAACGACGAGGUGAUGAGAUCUGGGGUCGAGGAACAGUCGAUGCGAAGGGUAGUGUUGCAGCGCAGAUCAUUGCGGUUCAAGAACUAUUUAAGCAGAAGGAAGUCGGCGAAGGUGAUAUAGCGCUUUUAUUCGUGGUGGGUGAAGAGACAGGUGGACCUGGGAUGGGCAAUGUCAAUGAUUUAGGCCUUUCCUGGGAAUCUGUUAUCUUCGGUGAACCAACAGAGCUCAAACUUGCUCGGGGACAUAAAGGCGGAUUGGGCUUUACUAUCAAAGCGAAUGGAAAAGCUGGUCAUUCGGGAUAUCCUGAGACUGGGAGUAAUGCGAUUGAUAGCCUUGUUCGUGGGUUGGCGGCCCUUCAGAAGGUUGAGUUGCCUGGAAGUAAGGAGUUUGGAAAUACUACUCUCAACGUGGGUAGGAUUGAAGGUGGUGUUGCUGGGAAUGUCAUACCAGCGAGUGCUUAUGCUACCGGUGGAGUGCGAGUUGCUGGUGGGACUCCAGAGGGUAUAAAGGACUUGAUACGCCAGGCAGUUGAGGAUAGUGAUGCGAGCCUCUUUGUGGAGUUCUUGUAUGGUAUUGGGCCUGUACCUACAGACUAUGAUGUCGAUGGAUUUGAAACUGUGGUCUUGAACUACGGAACAGAUAUUCCUCGGCUGAAGGGGAGCCAUAAGCGAUAUCUGUACGGACCUGGGUCAAUCCUCGAGGCGCACUCUGCGCAUGAGCACUUGAAGGUUUCGGAUCUGGAGCAGGCUGUUGAGGGGUACAAGAAGUUGAUAUCUCACGCGCUUAAUCAACCUCCUGAGCUGUGA